CUAGUCAGCCACUUUCUGCAAUUUCUAGCCAAGCCUUUGGGUAUAUCUCCAGGCCUCACGACCAGACUCUUGUGCCUCUCCCGAUCGACCCAAUUUGACGCGCUGGGCACCACCCUACGCGGCUCGGGCACGACAUCCUCUUUCUGGUCGAAAGCACCAAGAUCUGGGCCAUAGUUCCUCGGAGCUCGACAUAAGAUUGACCUCGGUCGAUGGAAGUCAUGUCUUCAACUUCUCCGCCAAGCUCCAUGGGAGGGAGCUACAGCACGGCACAGGGGACCGACAACCUAGCCACAAGUUCGAUCAGUCUCGAUCAACUCAAGGCCCUGCAAGAAAAGAAAGUCACGAAAGACGGGAAACCACCAAAAAAGCGUGGCCCAAAGCCUGACACGAAACCGGCUCUCACACGCCGGCAGGAACUAAACCGCCAGGCACAGAGGACGCAUCGUGAACGUAAAGAGACGUACAUAAAAGCGCUCGAGGAUGAAGUACUCCGUCUCAAACAAGUCUAUACCGGCAGCACUCAAGACAAGAAGAAGUUAGCAGACGAGAACCGCAUUCUCAGAGCUCUACUUCAGCAGCACGGCAUCACGCCACCGGAAACCAGUGGUGACCAUGAUGGUAGCAGUCAUGGCGGAGGCGGCGGCGGCGGCGGCAGGACCUCGAAUGUCGGUCAAUUCGCACCUGCCCCGUCACAAGCUCAAAAUACGACCACCUAUCAAUCCUCGGAGAGAUCGAUAAAUACAAACACGACACAGCAGAUGGACUACGAGCAGGCAGGCAUAGACUUUGUAUUAACGUAGGACAACCCUCUUUGAUACUGGAAUGGAGAAUGGACUUGGCCCCCAAUCCUCAAUCUUCUUGAGCUCAUAGCCAGAGGCGAUCACCGACUUUUU